UUUAUAUAAUUUUGUAGAGAAUUGAAUGGCGCGUCUUUUAGAUAAAGGUUGAAGCCUGGGCAAUGAAAAUUGAGGGAGAUAUUCACGAAAUACUGACACCGCCAUUCUUUAUGGACCACCCGUUACUAAUAUACUUGCUUUCGACAGAAAUUAUUUCUUGAAGAAAACUACAAAUGUAUUUUGUUUAAUUUUGUAUGAUUGUAACAAAAUUUUGUUGUCAUACUUAUUCACUAAACUUUCUAGUGAAUAGCUGUUAGAAAACUAUGAGGUCAUUUCCAACAAAACUUCCUCUCGAUAUUAAAGCAGAACAUGACGCUAGCACGUUUUUAUGCGAUAUCUUGUCUCGCCCAUGUAAACAUGAAACGCAAAAUCGAUGCGUUGCAACGCGAUUUGACAAUAAAACGCGUUGAGACGGAGCUAAAAAUGUUUUCACGAUGCAUGUAAACAUGGGUUGAUAUCAAACGCAUUGACACGCAGUAAACAAUAUUUUGAAACGCGUUUGGAGGCAGUUUUUCUGUAUAACACGUUUAAACACAAUUAGAAAAAAAAUGAAACGCGUCUCAACGCGUGUCCAAAUAACAUUUAAUGUGUUUGAAUGCAUUUUAUCUAAUAACUGCAUUCAAACGCGUUUCAGAUAUUCUUCCAGUCGCGUUGCGAUGCUAUUAUAAUUCUGAACGCGUGCAAACGCAUUCAUUUCUCGCAUUUCCGACGCGACUUUACUCCAAAAACUUUUUUUUCUAGAAGGGUGAGCCCCGUGAUGGAAAUCAUCGUCUUACAUCUGUUUUAUUUAUCUAAACUUCAUUGGAAUUUUUAAUAAAGAAUGUUCAGAUGACAUUAAAAUAGACAAAAAUUUAAUUAAACAUAAGGCAUAUAAUCCACAUUUCUCUAAAGUUUGUAUGAAUAAUAGUGAGACAAUAUCGCAAUAGUUUUCAGCUAUCCCAUGACCUUUUAGCAAACUGAUAAAUACUACUGUUUAAAUUAUAUGAUUAACAACUUCCUACCAUACUUCUAAAUAAACUUUAUGAAUAAAUAUUUAUUUAUUAAAUCCUUCGAUAAAAUUAUAGAUCGUCUUAGUACUGUAAUUAAAAAGCUUUCAUAACAUUAAUCACAUUUAGUACGAUAAAAGUAGAUAUCAUUUCAAUUAAAAAAAAAUUAUUUAAAAAAAGAAGUGAAAAAUCACGUUAUAUGUUAAAUAUAUUACUUCGAAAAAAGUACAUGCUAUUGAAAUAAAGUAUUUAAGCGAUGAAAUUUUCAUUCAAAUGUAUCUUAUUUUGAACGAGAAAUGCUUUGGAGCCAAUACAACACAAUGGUGUAUGUGAACGGCUUCUGAUCACUGGUUCAUCUGUUCAAAUCUAAUCGUCACCGCUUAAUGUAAAAUUCAAUCCGUAUGUUAGGUUAGGCUAAGAUCAUCGAUAAAUGUUGACGAUGUGGACUCAGCUCGAAUCUGAGAUGAAUGCCGAUAUCUUUUUCAAAUUUUUAUUUUUUAUAUGAAACGCGUUCCGACGCUUCGAAUGUUUCACAGGAGACGCGUUUUCGUUAAAAACUCGUUUAAACGCAAGCCAAACUACGAACGCAUUCAGACGCAUUUCUAAAAUAAAUCGCGUCUAAACGCUUCGUUUGUUUCACUGAGGACGCCUUCAAACGCGUUCGCUCUUAGCGUUCCGCUCGCAAAUGAAACGCGUUUCAGACUCGUUUCGAGGCAAAAAAUAUUUUCAUGGGUGUUCUCUGCAAAUACAGAAUAUCUGAACAGCUCACAAUUAGAAAGUUUAGUGAAUGAUCAUGACAACGAAAGUUUGCUACAAUCGUACAAAAGUAAACAAAAUACAAUUAUAUUUUUCUUGAAGAAGUUAUUGCUGUCGAAAGCAAUUGUAUUACUAGUUAUAUUUAUUACUCCUGAGUACGAGUUUAUAUAUGAAUAAGAUUUAGGUUCCGUAUAUGGAAGAUCUAUGUUAGAUACGAUACGAAGUAUAAAUUCACUUUUGGGACACCCUGCUAUACAUAAAAACGGUUUAACUUCUAUACAUUAUUUUUUGUCAACGCUGAAUCAUUUUAUCUUAAUUAGAUUAACCAUUUUAAUGCCUAACCAAAAAGCAUUACACAGGAUUAUUUUUGACUGUUUUUUACCAUUUUAAUGAUGUAAAUUUUCGCUCAUUUUAAUGCCAUUUUUUCGUUACAAAUUUUCGCUGAGAACUGACAAACGAAAACAAAGUGAGACUAAUAGGAUGAAAUACACAAACUAUUUGUAAGAAAUCUAUAACACAAUCGUAAGUUCUUUCAAAGCAACCAAUGGCUAUUCAACCUUCUCAGAUACAAGAAAUCCAUUAAAACCAAAACCUUACAAAGCGGAAAUGUCAUGUCUGAGUAUUUCUAUUGACUUUCUAUCCCUCAAUUCUGCAAACUUCUUCCAUUUUCGACACCCUUCGAAAACCAACGUCCUCAUCCAAUACAUAUAUAUUCACUCUAUAAUUAUAUAAACCAACUUCUCACCCAAGCCAACUUAAACAAGACACUCACAAACACUUUCUUAAUAACAUCACUUCCAUCCCGUAAAAAAACAGGAACACUCAAAAACUUCAAUCAUUCCAACAAAAACCAUAUAAUUGCAUCUCAUUCCGUUGACAUCUCACUUUUCUUUCCACGAAAAGACUCUCAAAACCAAAAACCUAAUCAACGAAAAAACCACACAAUUUCUUACAUUAUACAUUUUAAAAGCUCACCAUACACAGUGCCUUUCAUUCACCACUCAAAACACCAAUUCUACCGCAACUUUCGCAAACAGAAUUCUUAUAGACCAAAUCUCGCCCUGUUCAACCCACCCCAUCAUAUGAUUCGAGAGAUUAAUUUCUAACAUUUCAAAUUACAAAAUCCCAACCAAUCCCCCACAUCAAUCAUUCAGAAAACAUUGCACGUCUUUCAUAUUCUAGCGAAAAAUAAAAAUGAAAUAAAAAAUCCAAACAAUACAAAACAAACCGAAGACAAAUAUGAUCGUGGUCUUAUUGAUGAUGAUGAUGAUUUUGAUGAUGAUCGUCUUCUUGAUGAUCUUAUUGAUGGUAUUGAUGAUGGUAUUCUUGGUUAUGAUCGUGAUGGGAACUAUAUGAAAAAUUGA